AUGACUGAUUCGCAAACGCCUGAACGUCCUGCGGGGAGUCUCGAUGCAGAGGAACCAGGGCAGGAGCCUGCAAAGUCCCAAGAGCUAACAGCAGCUCCGGCUGUCCGGGAAGCUUGGGGGGCGCUGACAGCUGUACAAGGAAAGCAAUCCAGUGGGGACAAUUGGGGAACUGGGGAAGCUAGUGCAGCUGGAGAAAUGCCGCAUCCCAGUGCAGAAGCACCCCAGCAAACAGCUGCGUCCGCCGUUACCCAGGCAGCUGGUCCUCUCGUCGCCGGCCUAAAACGAGCAGUUGCAUCCGUAGUGGAUGCGCUUGAGUCGUUCUUUGAGCCCUCUAUGCCGGCAGACUGGAUGUACACCUUCCCACUUAUCGGCGAACGGGAGACGGGAGACGACCUGAACACCGUGUUGCGCUUCCUUCAAAGCGCUGGACACCACCCCAGAUCUGCUCUUCCGGGUAGACCCGUCAUAGAGAGAAAAGUGGAGUUGAAGUCGGAAGCUGGCAGCAACGUAAUUGGUUCUUCUACAAUCCGACUUGUCGAAGAGACACAUACGGAUAAUUGCAAAGCAUAG